AAACGUUAGCCGCUUAUGAAGGUGUUUUUCAUCCGUGUAUUGUCAUUUGGCUUAAAUGUGUGUUUUCUAAAAACGUUUCAAAAAUUAAACACGGAAAGACGCUGUUUCUAAACUUAAUGAAAUAACUUUGCGGCUAGCUGUGUUAGCCGUAGCAGGUUGCCGCGGACGUUAGCAGGCUAGGCUAACCGGAAGUCGCCUCUGUUGUCACCAAAGACAAACGUUGCAGUUGAGGAUGUCUCUGAAGGCUGUGGACGGAAUACUGUCCAGCUUGAAGUCAUGUCAGACAGACCUCGGGACAGGGAUGGACAUCGUGACAGAUAUUGCUAUGGACCUAGCGGAAACUCAGGAUGAAGACAUGAACCCUGGCAUCAAAGAGAUGGAGGCCAUGAUUCUGGAGUGUGCGAAGCUGGACAGCGAGAUAAACUACUUUGUUGAUAUUGUACAGCAAGCCACAGCUGAGGUCACUCCCCAGCAUCCAGAGGCCAUGUUCAGCCUGUCUGCCAAAGUGAAGGAGCAGUUUGCAGAGAGAAUCACUCAACUCUCCAACGCUGACCUGAACAAUCACCAGAAAGUGGCUGCAUUCAAGGAGAGCAUCAAGAACUCUCUGCAAGAAGCCGACCAGGAUUCCGCAGAGGGCAUAGAGGAACUCGACGAGGACAUCGCCGUCACCCAGAGCCAGGUCAACUUCACCUGCCCACUCACACAGGUGGAGAUGGUGAACCCAAUGAAGAAUAAGAAGUGCAACCACCACUACGAUGAGGAAGCCAUACUGAGUCUGAUCAAAACGAAGCAGAGCCAGAAGAAGAUGUGCCGGUGUCCUGUGGUUGGCUGUGGAAACGGAGACGUCAAAGAGUCCGACCUCAUUCCUGACCAGAUGCUGAGGAGGAAAAUCCAGAACCAAAAGCGUCAAAGCAACAAGACAUGAUGCUCUGCUUUGUGUUUCUGUAACCUGGUGCUUUGAGAGCAGGAAUUGUUGGUAAUAUUUUCGGGCUUUUUUUUUUUUCUUCUAGCGGAUGGUUGAUGUUCUGACAUUUCAUUGCUUGUAAAUGAAAGCUUCAUAUAUUUUCUAAAUAAACGAUAUUAGCUAAAA